AUGGCCGUGCUCUCGGUCACCAUGUUUAGCGGGCAGACUAUCGCAGCAUUCUCUGCUGAUGAAUUCGCACAGUUGACUGAGAACUAUGGGAACUCAGUGAAGUCGCUGAAGCAGCAUUUGUCAGGCAUCAUCAACCAGCCCAGAUUUCGCCAAAAGCUGCUUUGUGAUAGCACUGUUCUUCAGGAUAAUGCCCGGUUGGAGGUGCCAGCAACUUUAGUUCUCGUUGUUUUGACUUUUUGCCCUGCUGAUGACAGUGAAAGCCAUCAUUUGCUGGCAGCCGUGAACGAAGACCGGGUGUGGGAAGUUGAGCGGAUCUUGCAGCGGCCUUUGGAUCCAGAUUUAACACUGGAAACUGGCGAGACAGCUUUGCGGCAUGCUGCCGCUAGCAACAGCCUCCGCAGUGCUCGUCUACUCAUCGAAGCAGAUGCCGACAGUAACAGCAUCAGCCCCGGGGAUGGGCGUUCGCCACUCCACGUGGCAGCACAGAUGGACCAUGUCGACAUGCUACGUUUCCUCAUCGAAGCACGAGCAGCGGUCAACGCAGGGAACGAGAUGUCUGCAACUCCUUUGCUUGCGGCAGUGAACUUCGGCCGGACAGAGGCAGCUCAUGCGCUGCUACAGCAAAGGGCUGAGUUGGACAAAGCAGACAGCAGGGAUGGGCGGACCCCUCUUCUGGAAGCUGCCAGUCGGGGUCAUUCAGCCCUGGUUCGCAUUCUGCUUGAGGCGAAAGCUGAUGCGGACAAGGCCUUUACGCAGGAUGGUUCGACACCAGUCUGUGUGGCUGCAUAUCAUGGCUUCUCAGAUGUAGUCCGAAUCCUAAUGAAGGCAAGGGCAAAUGUCACCAUAGCACGAACCUCUGACGGAUCUACGCCACUGUCUUUGGCGUCCUCCUUGAACCACUUACCCAUCGUCCAGAUGCUGCUUGCCUUGGUGGCCAGGGAGGGCAAGCUUGUCUCCGAGUUUGGUGCCACCGCCAUGGAGGAUGCCACCCGCCUUGGCAAUCCAAAAGUUGUCAAGAUGCUGAUCCAUGCCAGGGCGGAUCUCAAUGAACCUGAUCGAGCUCCCCUCGCGCUCGCAGCCAGGCUGGAGCAAAUCGAUAUUGUGCGAAUCUUGCUUGAAGAGCGUGCAAGCCUGGAGAUGGAGAAUCCUAAAGGCGUGACACCCUUGAUCGGGGCUGCUUACACAGGCAGGUUGGAUGUAGUCUUAGCACUGCUAAAGGCACGGGCUGGGUUGGACCAGGCAAACAGCACAGAUGGACGUACGCCUUUGUUGGAGGCUGCUCGGAGAGGCCACGCCACUCUGGUUGGCCUUCUGCUUGAGGCCAGAGCCAAUGUGAACAAAGCCUUUCAGGAUGGCUCAACUCCAAUGUGCGUAGCUGCAUAUCAUGGCUUCGUGGACGUGGUGCGGAGCCUGAUGCUUGCUAGGGCAGAUGUUGCCACAGUGCGGUCCUCUGAUGGGUACACGCCGCUCUCCUUGGCCGUGUCUUUAAACCAUGUGCCGGUUGUCAAAAUGUUGCUUGAAAUGCUGGAAGCAGGGCACGAAGUGGGAGAACUGGGGGCCAGAGCGAUGGAUAUUGCCGCGAGCCAGGGCAACGUGAAAGUUGUGAAAAUGCUACUGCAGGCCCGGGCGGAUCCAAACAAACCACCCGCUGAGUUCGAUGAGUCUCCUUUGUUUGUGGCUGCUUGCUGUGGUCAUCUGCCGGUGGUGCGCCUCCUGGUCGAGCGACGCGCCCACGUUCGCCGAAGGCGUGGUGCUGACGCCAGCACACCGCUCCUUGCGGCAGUUGUCGAAGGCCACGUUGCCGUGGCACGGUUUCUGCUGAGGAACGGAGCCGACAAGGACGACCGGCGUUCGGAUGGUGCCUCGGCUUUGCACUGUGCUAUUCUGGCGCGCAACCUCGAGCUGUUGCAGCUCUUGCUCGAAGCACAGGCGAACGCAAACUCACCCAAACGCGCAAAUGAUGGAUACACCCCACUCUUUGUUGCAGCUGCAAACAGUCGCAUUGGCGAGCUGCGCGCUUUGUUGGCUGCAAGAGCGCAUGUGGAUCCGCGUCGAAGCGGAGACCAUGCAACGCCGUUGUUUGUGGCAGCUAGCUGUGGCCACUUGGAGGUGGCGCGUGUCUUGCUUGAGGCAGCUGCAGAUGCAUGUGCUGAACGCAGCCCGGAUGGUACCACUGUUUUGAUCGCUGCCGUUUGUGCCGAUGUCUGCGAUGUCACACGCUUGGUUCUUCUAUACCGUGCAGACGUCAAUAAGGAAGCUUCGCAACCUGCCGCAAUUCCACUGUACAUUGCAGCGGAGCUCGACCUUCCUCAUCAAGCAAAGAUUCUACUUGAGAACCACGCUGACGUCGACGGCGCCCGGCACAUGGAUGGAGCAACGCCAGUUUUUGUGGCUUCAUAUCAUGGCUUCUCUCAAGUCGUCGAUGUGCUGAUAGAUACUGGCGCCGACCUGAAUAAGGCUCGGACAAGUGAUGGUGCCGUGCCCCUCACUGUUGCAUGUGAGCGGGGCCACGUGCACGUGGCCCGACGACUGCUAGUGGCAGGAGCAAGGAUAAAUAUCGCUCGUGUGGAUGAUGGUGCAACUCCAUUGUUCUUCGCUGCCCAAAAUGGGCACACGCAAGUUGUGCGAGUGCUGCUUGCAGCCAACGCCGAUGCAAAGAAGGCUCGAACAACCGAUGGAGCUACGGCAAAGUCUCGUGCUUUUCAGAAAGGGCAUGCGGGCAUUGCCAAAGUUCUUGAGGUGUUUCAACUUUUCAAAGAUGCAGCCGGCUGUUCUCCAUGA